UUUAUAUCGCUUUCGUCUGUCAGUUCGAUAAUGGCGUUUGUGUAAUAGUGUAGUGUUAAAUCGUUUAUUAAAUAUUUUGAAUUCCAAACUAGAGAAUUCCAAUGAGUGCUAUCACAACUAUGUUGGAAAAUAAGUGGGUUUCAUUAUGAGGCACGAUUGAAAGCGGAAGUUGUCUUUGUCCGAAUCUACUUUCAACAUAUUUAAAGCGAUCGUUUGAUAUCGCUGUUUCGGAAACGAUGUCUUGAGCGAGUUUUCUGCAUGACAAACGGACGAGGCGCCGGAAUGGCGUCCUUCAUGACGAAAAAGAAGAAGUACAAAUUUCAAGUAAGUCUGUGUUUGGAAGAACUGCUGGAAGUGCCUUUCGUUUCUGCCGUCCUAUUUGCCAAGAUAAGACUCUUAGAUGGAGGAAAUUUUCAAGAUCACAGCAGCAGAGAGGAGGUGCGCGACCACAAAGUGAAAUGGGGCGCAAACUUUUCUUUUCCUUGUAAAAUGUCGGCGAACGCAUCCACCGGUGUCCUCGAGCGUUGUAUUUUACGAAUAUCCGUGCGAAAGGAAUGUAAAGGCGGCCGUUCUUUUACCAAACUAGGUUUCGUCGACUUGAAUCUGGCAGAAUAUGCAGGGGCGGGUGUUACAUUCAAGAAAGCUUUAUUAGAAGGAUAUGACGCCAGACAUCGUCAAGACAACAGCAUGCUCAAGUUUUCCAUUGCUAUGCAUAUGUUAUCGGGUGAUAUUUUGUUCAAAGUACCGUCUCCUUCCCUCAAACAUAAAUCUAUUGCUUCCGAAGAUCCAGCGACUGAGUCUCGGACUGAUGAGCUUUCGAGUGAAUCAUUGGGAGGAGGGUCGAUUGCUAGUGGCAGUUCAGGAUUUGGGAGUUUGCCCAAGAAAAGACCGGCACUUUUGUCGUCAGAAUUGGUGAUUGGUCACACUUUGGUCGAAAAUAGCGUUCCGGUGACGGUCGCUGUGGAAGGUGCAACGGAUCAAGUACAACCUUCAGAUCACGAGGAAGUUGUGUGUGAAACUGGCCAUUCCCGGAACUCAUCUAAUACGAGCCAAUUAUCGAAAGCUUCCGGUUAUAGUAGUAUCCAUUCCCAUAGUCACAGUAGACAAUCGAGUUCGGGUGAUUCUGGACAUAUCAGGGCUCUGUCACACAGACAAAAUCGGAAACAAAAUGGUAACCCCUUCCUCAACUCUUCAAAUUUUAUUCGUGUAAACACAUUUCCUAACCGAAUCCGAAUCCCUAACACAAUUAUCCACGAAGACGUAUUUAAUAGCACAUUAGAAACGUUAACUCCUAUUAAAUCACCGGAAAACAGUUCAUUGACUACAGAAGAGACUUCGCGUUACUACACUCCCGAUAACUACCAAAAACAAUUGAGUAACGUUAGCGGUUCGAGUACUGACGAUUACAAAACUCCCGAUGAAUCUUUAGAGAUGCGAACUGAUUUAUUUUCGCAGAAAUUCAACGAACUGCAAAAAUCCUCAUCGACAAGUUUAAUCGAACUGAACGCGCAAUCAAACGAAUCCGAUUUGUUGCUAGACAACAAUCGCUUAAGUGCAGAUAAUGCAAUUAAAGUGAAAAAAUCGGAUGGUGUAUUGAAAUCGAAAAGCGACUUUGAAAUCCCGAGAGUCAGUCCGAUUCAAAAAAGUCGUUUUCGCGGCGGUUUUUUCCGAUCGGAAAAUUUACCGGCAUUUUUAACACCAAUUCUUAAGCGGAAAAAUGCGGUAACCAAUCAGUCAACACCCAAAAUUCCCAAUUCCGACACACGCACCACAUCCCUCAACUCGCUUCGAUCGGGGACGACCGGGAGUGACCAUUUGAGUACCCAACCAAGGGGCUUGCCACAUCGCAAAUUGUUGGAGGGUGCAUCAGGAGGUAAGCUAGCUCCGUUGGCCAUCAGUCCUGAUGAAACGCCUACCACUGUAUCGUCUGAUUGCUCACAAAACCUCACAAUUCGACGUCCCAGCGUCACAACAAAUCCCAGCUCAAGCAGUUUAGUCCUGUCGGAAACCGGUUCACUGGAUCGUGCGAAGGCAGCUUAUGAGCGUCGUAAAAAGACUCAAAUUCAAGAUUCCGACACGGGGGUGGUAUCCGGAAGGGUGGAAAAUACUCGGGUGAAUGCCAAUCGGUUAAUAGCGGAGAUUUUAAAAGAUACGAAUUUAGAACAGGCCGAUGAUUCGGCUGAAACUUCAGGUCUUCAAUUGUUUAUUGCCAAAGAUGGUACUGCCGCUCUAGGUAAUCAUGAAGUCAAAUCGCAGAUGUCAACGGGGGUGCAAGUUUUUAAACAAGUUGUCAUGGAUGACAACAGGUAGUUGAUAUGUGUGGUGUGUGUUGCAAUUUAGAAGCUCCUUUAAGUUUGGCGGAGAAAUGAAAGCAAAGUGACAUCUCAGCUAUGGAUUUUUUAUGUCAAUAGUACGGUUUUACUAGACAGUGUUGCCAAUUUUUGUGAUAUAACAGCGGUAGUAAACGUUAUUGAAACUCUUAUUUAAGUUGAAUUGACAUUAUUUAUUGUAAAUUAUUUUUGUGUUAAAUGUAUAUUAUUUAUUAUUGAUUUUUAAA